GACCACAGUGGUACUGAUCCUGCAGUAGCAUAUAUACACCGCAAGUACCUCGACACUCUCGCUUUACAUCUUGCCACUCAGCCCCGAUCGCCGUGGGGCUGCUCAUCUCGCAUACCCCUUACGAUGCCUGCAAGUGUCGGCAAUGAGACUAGCCUCGAGCCCUCUGCACGCGAACCCCAGCGAUACAAGCAUCCGUUCACCGAAGAUGGGGAGUGGGAGUAUUACGAGGACGAGGACGAGGACCCUACGGACAAGGACACGCCGCGCACGCUCGUCGAGCUGCGCAUGUGCGCUCUGAGCGCGGCGAUACGCGAGAAGCCGGAAUGGUGGGUGAAGUUUCGGGAUGCGGAGGUGCGAGCGAAAUGGUCGGAAGAGAUCAAGGAGCAGCAGAGAGGCCUACAUCGGAGCUUGCAGCUCACGGACAAUAUGGUGCGUGUGCUUCGAUGAUGUAUCGGCGACGUUGACUCGAGGACGGUAUAGAUCAAUUACAUUUUCGGUGAGCUGGAGGCGUAUGCGACCCUCAGAGAUUUGGAGACAGGCAUUGAGGUUCGGCGGGGACUCACAGCGGAUGACACGCUGACUUACUUGUUACUCGCAGGCCGGCCCAUACGAGCGGAUCUGGCAGUCAAAUCAACUCAUUCCCGC